AUGGCUGCUGUCUCUAGCAUGUCUGACAACCAGAUCCCUCGCCCGACACAGACCCAGUGGGAUUUCGACCUUGUCGAACAGUCGCACGUGCCGAUAUCACAACCUAUCAGAACUAGUCAACAACCCGCAAUCCCAACACCAGCACCAUAUUACAUGCCUCCGCAACCGUAUCAAUACACGUAUGGAGUCGGACCACAACCACCAUAUCCUUAUGCAAGCCAAUACUAUCCUACUGCACCACCACCAAAUGGCUAUGCUCCAUACCCCGUCAUGUACAAUAAUCAUAGUAGCAGCAGCAUGUCACCGAAUGGAGGUGCCAGUCAUGGCGGUCUUAGUCCUCGAGCGUUACCCAGACCACCGUAUGGGUCAACACUGAGUUAUAUGGCACCUCCGGCUCCUAAGACGUUAGGAAGUCCCAUAUUACCUGGUAGACCAUUACCACCGCCGCAAACUUAUGGUUAUCCAAUGGCUUCGGCAUCGUAUUACGAUGAAAGGUAUUCGUAUGGUGGUUUAGCGAGACCGAUAACCAAUUCAGCUGGACUAUUACCACCACCACAACAACAGCAUCAACAGCAGCAUCAGAAUGCCUUCCCUACGCCAGCAGCAACACCUCCAUUAUCACCGUCACAAAUCAGCCGAUUUAAUAAUACGCUCGAACCACGAAACAGUAAUAACACAGGUUGGCCAUCGUCUUCAAUACCUCCUAUCGCAUCUAAUCUGUCUCCAUGGACACCUUCAUCAGAUUGCAAUCCUCGUCACCAAACAAUCCUUCCACCAGUCAUCACAAUUCCGCUACCACAAGAACGAUCGCAUACUAAUAGCAUCACCAGUCUCAACGGUUUCACCACUCCACAUUCGGCACCAAGUGAGGGUAGUCAGCCAUAUAAUGAUGAUUUACAGCAUCCUAUUAUGAGGAGAUCUUCAUUGGAUGGAGUGGCUCAUGCUGGUUUAAUGAGGAGAUCGUCAUUGGAUGGAAUGGCUCAGUCUGGUAGCAUGAUGAGGAGAUCAUCGAUAGAUGGGAUGCUUCAUCCUGAAAUGAUGAGGAGAUCAUCAAUUGAUGCAUUAAAUCAUCCCGCUAUGAUGAGACGAGAGUCGAUAGAUAGUAAUAGUACAAGUCUUGAUGCCGCUACGAUACAACAAUACCCUCCACCGCCGCAACCACACCCACACCAACAGCACCAUCAGCCGGUGACAUUACCAUCACUUAUGACACAAAUACCGCAAAAGCAGCAGCAGCAAGAAUUAAAUAGUGAACCACUAAAGCCUAGACUGGGACGUCCUUCAUUAGCUCAACGAUUCGGUCUACCUUCAGACUCACGUAAACCAGGUGUUAAAUCAUCGUCUUCGUCUUCGAAUAAUAGUGUGCCGCCAACUUCUGAAGUUGAUAUAUCUGGUGAUGGUGAAGCAACGACAGGAGCAUCAACGCCGUUGAGUGAAAGAAAGUGCUUCAAAUGUCCUGUUGCAAAUUGUGACAAGUCGUUCACGAGGCAGUAUAAUUUGAAGGCGCAUGUUAGAGCUCAUUCAGGUGAACGACCAUUCGCAUGCGACCACUGCCACGCCGCAUUCCCACGCUCACACGAUCUCCGUCGGCACCUCCAGUCGCGACAUGAAGAAGCACGAAGGCACCGUUGUGAUCACUGUGGAGUCACAUUUGCACGCAGUGAUGCACUACGACGACAUUUGAAAGCCGCGACUGCUAAAAUAAAUGCUAGAAUUGCUGCCGGAGAAGAUAUUCCCGAUCAUGUUAUACAGUCGCUUAGACCAUCGCCUAGGAAUAGCAAUGAUAGUGGGUAUAAGAAGACUGGGGGACGUCGUCGGCGUGCUGUAGGGGGCUCGGAAGGUGAUGGUGAUGAGGAUGGUAGUAAUGCGGAUGCUAGUGGUGGGAGUCGGCGUAGUAGUCUCAAGAGACGGGCGUCAGCAACACGCAAUAGCAGUAAACGACGCAAGGCGAAGGAAGAUGAUGAUGAGGAGGAGGAGGAUGAUGAUGAAGACGAAGAAAUAACUGAUGAUGAAGAUGGAGAAGGACAGGAAGAAGAAGAUGAAGACGAAGUCGAACACGAAGUUGUUGCAGCUCCUGAUAAAACAGGUCGCAAGACAGGUGAAUCUACAGGAGACGAAGAAGAAGUAUCUCCGGAUUCUGAUGAUGGUGAAUUCGUGCCUGGUCGUCAGAAUUCGGGCGUUGGUACUACCGAUCGUCACGUUUCUAGUACGACUACUGGUCGUCAAUCUGCUCGACGUCGACGAGACAAGAAGGAUCAGUAA